AUGGUCGAUAAGGUCGAUAAUCCGCCCGCAAAGCGGAUCAAGCGCGAGGAAUACCGUCGCAAUGUCCAAGCGCAGCAGGAAGCACCCGAAGGCUCCGUCAUUAAGAUGCCGCAGAAGAAAUUCUUCCGUCAGCGCGCGCAUGCGAAUCCCUUUUCCGAUCACAAGCUGAACUAUCCCAUUAGCCCAGCGCACAUGGACUGGUCAUCUCACUUCCCUGCAUUCGUGGAUCCAGAUGAAUCCAAGAAGAACCUCAGCGGCGGCCGCAAGUUAACCAAAGAGGUCGAGGUUGUGGAUAUCGGAUGUGGUUUCGGUGGAUUGAUGGUUGGUUUGGCACCGUUGCUACCAGAUACCUUGAUGGUUGGCAUGGAAAUCCGCAUCUCAGUCCUAGAAUACCUAAGCUCACGCAUCCACGCCCUGCGCAACCAACAACAACGCCUAAAAAGCAAAUCCACCAACACCCCUACAGACUCAACCGAGCCCAUCGCCACCCCUGUACAAUCAACAGACCCAUCCAGCCCAACCAACGACGACGAAAUCGGCACCGACAAGAUCUUCCCGGGCAACUUCGAGAACAUAACCGCAAUCCGCAGCAACACGAUGAAAUUCCUCCCCAAUUUCUUCGCCCACCACCAACUCUCCAAGAUCUUCAUCUGCUUCCCGGACCCGCACUUUAAAGCCCGCAAGCACAAAGCCCGCAUCGUCUCCGAGACACUCAACAGCGAGUACGCGUACGUCCUGCGGCCUGGCGGUCUGCUAUACACCAUCACCGAUGUCGAGGAGUAUCAUCAUUGGGUUCUGAGACAUUUCUUGCAUGGGGAGCUGGAAGAUGGUUCCACGCCGCCGGGUAGUAGUAAGGAUUUGUUUGAGAGGGUUUCGGAGGAGGAGGUUGAUGCGGAUCCUUGUGUGAGGGUUAUGAAGUACGAGACGGAGGAGUCGAAGAAGGUUACGAGGAAUAAGGGGAAUAAGUAUGUGGCUGUUUUUAGGAGGAAGGCUGAUCCGGAAUGGCCUGUUUGA